AUGUCCGGUCCUGGCUACCCCAGUAUUCCUGGACAAAGUCCUUACCCAACUCCUGGCCACUCCGUUGCACCUUACCCAGUCCCUCAGCAGGGCUAUGGAGAUCCCAAACAAGCCCCUCCCCCCGUUGGCUUUAACAUGGGCUACAGCCAAGGUCCUCCUCCAGUCAUGUACCAGCCAGGACCUGUGGGACCAGCAGGACCAGCGCCAGGACCUGUGGGACCAGCAGGACCAGCGCCAGGGCCGGAGUAUGGAGGACCUCCUGGAGGGAUCUCUCCAGCCCACGGGGUGGCUCCUGUGGGCGUCCCACCAGGACUGGAGUACCUCACACAGAUUGACCAAAUCCUAAUUCAUCAAAAAGUGGAACUCUUAGAAGCUUUUAUUGGCUUUGAGACCAAUAACCAGUAUGAGAUAAAGAACAGCUUGGGCCAAAAGCUCUACAAGGCUAAAGAGAAGAACGACUGCUGCACCAGGAACUGCUGCGGCUCCCUGCGCAGCUUCGACAUGAAGAUCAAGGACAACAUGGACCGAGAAGUGAUCCGUCUCAUCAGGCCCUUCCGCUGCGUGUCCUGCUGGUGCCCCUGCUGCCUGCAAGAGAUGGAGGUUCAAUCUCCACCUGGGACCACAAUAGGCUACGUCAAACAGGACUGGCAUCCAUUCCUGCCCAAGUUUUCCAUUCAGGAUUCCAACCAGGACACCGUGCUAAGAUUAGAGGGUCCCUGCUUUGCUUGCAACUGCUGUGGAGAUGUCAACUUUGAGUUAAAAGGAAAAGAUGGAGACCACAGCAUUGGCCGCAUCAGCAAACAGUGGAGUGGCCUCUUGAAAGAAGUCUUCACAGACACGGACAACUUCGGGAUCCAGUUCCCGUUGGACUUGGAUGUUAAGAUGAAGGCCGUGCUCCUCGGCGCCUGCUUCCUCAUUGAUUUCAUGUUCUUUGAGAAAGUUGGCGAGGCGAACCAGCGCAGCUCAGUCUUUUCAUAG